CUCUAAAGCGCGGCUGCAUUUUGUUUAAGAUUGUAUUAAAUGAAUGAUUUUUAAGCUAAUUUAAAGUGUUUAAAGGCUGAUUUAUUAAAUAAUUCGAUAAUGUGGAACAACUCGAAAGUGUGUGAGAAGAAUAACACUAAAAGCGAGGAGGACGAGGAGGAGGAGCCGUCAUACGUCAAAGAACCGGAGGCGACUAGUUCGCUGUUGAUCAAACGUAACAAUAUGUCACUAAGGCGAAACCAGCUACUCGUUUCAAAGCCAAUCCCCCAGAACCGCCAGGAACUGCUCCAGAACAUCGGACGUGAUCGUGAGAUUCUGGGGGCCUACUUCCAGAGAUUGGCUAGCCAAUCGGCUCCUAAAACACCAGCUCCAGCUCCUGCGCCAGCUCCUCCAGCUCCCCAGAGAAACAGCUACGACCUGUUCUUUGAAAGCGCCUGUGUCAGUGUCAAGGGAUUGCCACCCAAACUGGCCGCGGAGGCCAAGAGUCGCAUCUCGCAGAUCAUCACCGAGUUCGAGAUCCGCGCCAUCUCUGAAAUGGAAGCCCAGCAGGAGCGCCAGAUGCAAAAGCAACCCUACAGAAGCGGUGAUGCAUCGGGGAUUCUUUACGAAUUUCGGCCCUGCCCGUAAAGUAGGUUGGGU